AUAUAUAUAUAUAUAUAUAUCCAUCUCUUAUGUAUGACAUCGCAAUGGGCCGAAAAAUAGACAUGAAAAAGAUCGAAGAUGUGACUAAAUGUCAAGUGACGUUCUCUAAGAGGCGAAGUAGUCUGAUGAAAAAGGCGAACGAGAUAGCGGUUUGUUGUGAUAUAGAUGUUGCGUUUGUUGCGUUUUCGCCUUCUGGACGAGUCAGCAAGUUCUGCAAUCAAAAAAGGAUUGAAGAUGUGCUUCAUCGAUAUGUCAAUUUACCACCAGAAUGUAGAUUGAAGGACUACGAAUUAGAUCCAGAGCAAGAGCCCUCUUUACACCAGUUAUCAUGGUGUGAAAGAAACAUAAAGAACUCAAUAGAAAGAGUCAUAGCUAGAAAAAGUGUCUUAUUUGGAAACUCAUCAACAUCGUCUACACCCCCAAACUUCCAAAUGGAGUUGGAGAAUCAAGACAACAUUCUAUUUUCCUCUAACUUGAACGAGAAUGAAUCGACUUUAACACCACAACAAAACCCUACUACCGGGCAAAUUCUGAUGCAACUCGAUCCUUGGAUAAGUCCAUACAGAGCCAUAAUCCGGGAUAACAUAUUUCAAGACGCACUUGAUCCUUCAGGAUACAUGCCUAAUAUGAAUCCCGGGCCAUCAAAUGCAUCCAACUUUCCUAUCCCACCAAACAUAUGCAACUUUCCUAUCCAACAUUGUUCGGUCAUCUUCGAAUCAGAGCCUAUGGUGAAACUAAAUGCUCAAAUCCCGCCAUCACAAAUUCCACCACAGCAACCAUUUGGUGUGCUGGAUCAAGCUUUACCCAGCUUUCCUCGAGAACAUAAUGUUAAUGCCUGGAAUAAUUUCUCCACGGGAUUAUCGAAAAUCCUUACACAGACAUCGUCUUUUCCAAAUGCAAUUCAAGACUUCACCCAGAGCGUGUGCAACAGCCAGCUUCCAAGAUUCGCGUUUACCACAAUGACUACAACGACUACACCUCACUCUGACCAGAUGAACACGACCAACACGCAAUACGCAGAUUUGAACUUGAAUCCAUUCUCGAGUACAAUAAAAGAUGAAAUAGGUCAACUUAACCUAAAUCUUGGUAAUGGCUCGAGUAUCAAUAAUAACGAAGAACAAGAAGAAGAUCGUCCAAGUAAAAGGCCAACUACCGGUCAAGAUGAAGAUCCAUAUCAAGUUCAUCCACAAUUAGUAGAAGCAAGACAAGAUACGACUCCCCCUAAUCCACAGCCUGAGGAAGCAUUGGGGGAGAGGACAGUAUGGACAACAAAUGUUGAAAAAAGCAAUUUAUGGGAAUGGGAGGACUUGCUUCUUGAUGAGAAUUUUAACUUUGGAAAUGUUUCCAAGUAAUGAGAAACAAAAUGAGGAACCUUUUGUGUUGUCCUAGACACAUUUCAUUUUGGCAAAAGUUGAGUUUUAAGACGUUCGUUCAUAUUUUGUUUUCUUAUGACGCGUGAUAUCAGAAUUACCACAGAUCAAUAGUACUUUUCACCAUAAGUUCUCAUGUGCUAUAGUUGUUUUCUCAUGUGCUAUAUAUGUUAAGAGCUUAUAAAAAAUAAUUACAACAACAACAACAUACCCAGU